UAUCCCACUGUCAAGUGAUGGUAGCGUGCUGUUAGAUCUAAGCUAUAGAAAUCGGUGGACAUCUGCGCCACUGGAUGAAGAAGAACAUAAAUUCAAACUAUCUCAGCAACUAAGAAUGAUGGAACAAGAAGCAAAAAAUCUUCGAGAAGCAAACCAAGCCUUGAGAAGUGAAAAUAGCAAACUGCAAAAGAAGGCACAAAAAAUGAGAAACUUUUCUUCAAAGCUUGAUGGAGUUUCAGUGAAGUUCACUGGUGAUCAAUCCUGUCAAAGGUCACCAUUUCCCAGUGUGGAUGCUGAGUUCGCAAAAGCACUCAAGACCUUUUACUUCAGCAUGAUUGGAGUGAGAGGACGACUGAUCUGCUUGAAGCAACUCAGGCCACUAGAUGAAGAGCAUAUUCACUGCUUGAGGUAUUUUGUGAAUGAACGGAGUGAAUUGAUUCAAACACUUGGAGAAGAAUUGGAAGGCAGUGUUGCGAAACUGAAGAAUGAUGUUGCAAAAAUCAUCAGGAAAAAGAAAGAACUUCAGAUGGACUCAACAGCAGUGGUUCAAGCUGAAUAA